AGUGAGACCGGUAAAAUGUUAUUUUGAGAAGUUACAAACCAUUAUUCUUAAAAAUCAACAAAUAAACUGAUGGGGCAACGGGAUAGGAGACUGCUGCAGUGCUGCCAAGAACAAGUGGGUUAGGGGACAGAGCUUGGUCCUGGAGCAGAAUAACUCUGUCGAAGAAACUGAACCUUAGAUCCUCUCGUCUCCUGCAGUCUGGGUCUCCAAGGUGACUGAAGCAUCUGUCAGGAUGACUGAAUGUCGAUAGAGCGGUACAGCAGCGGGAGGAGGAAGAGGAGGGAUCCGGUCAGGACUGAUGACUUGGAGACGGCCAAAGUGGCGUCUAGUCACGAUAAACAUCGCUCAGCACUGAGGACCUGUGCUAUCAGUCAGACGUUUGGAGAUGAUUAACAGCUCCUGAUGGAUACAUCGUCGCUCUUGGUUGUGCAAGAACCUGUGGCUGUUGCCAUACGUGAAGGUGGAGCGCUCAGAUGGAGGACCAGGAGGAGGAGGAGGCUACUGCAGCCAUGCUGUGGUCCAUCCAGGAGGCUCUAGAGAGGCAGACCCUGCAGAUCGGGGCUUCAGCCUGCGGGGCCACAGCCGUGGUGGACGUCCUGAAGGCCCUUGGGGUUGACGUGGCCCCAGAAGAAGCGGACCGCUGCGUCCAAACGCGCCUGAGGAGGAACGAGUCCCCGCUGGGCGACUACCUGCUGUCCCGCAGUGAAGCUGGUGAGCUGAGGGUCCCUGCAGGAGGACUGCCAGCAGGUGCGACCCACGCUCAGCUCAUCCGAGGCGCUCAGGAGGCCAGCGAGGGGAAGGCGGUCGGCCGGUUCUUCCACCUUUAUCCCCGUCGCCGCAUCCGGUUGGUCCCCUGGCUCGCACGCUGGAUCAGAAAGGGCGCCGUCCCCGUGGCGACCAUGAACAUGCAGCUGGCGGUGCCCGAGGGCGAGGAGGUGCCCGACGCUUGGCACCACCAGCUCAUAUUUGGCGUGGCGCCCAAUGCCAUUUUUAUGACCAACCCUUUGGAUGUGGUGAGCGAGGACGAGGUGCACCAGAGGCUCUGCAGCCGCUCCGUGCUGCUGGUUCGUCGAGAAGACGUCCUGCAGAGAUCCGCGCCCGGUUGCUCGCUGUCCGACCUCCCGGAGAAUCCGUCCGACCCGCGCUGGCAGGAGCUGGACGUCGAGGGUCAGGUGAGGAGCGUGCUCUCAGAGGAGGAGCUGGGCGCCGAUCAACCCAAGACGGCUCAUAUUACCAUCCCAGCAGCUUAUAGUUCAGGGAUCACGCUGUUCGCACUGAGAGACUCAGAGCUGGGACAAGAACUCCUACAGGCUCCUGAAGUCCCUUUGCUGUGACGUCUGGCUCAUCACCUGAAGACCAGGACAUAGCAGCUCCAUCCCAGACUCUUUACAGCUGGAUACCACAGCUGGAAUAGAAAGCAGGUCCUUUUCAUCCAAUUUUCCUCCAGACCAACUAUACAGCAGAUUAUCUAAGUUUAUUGAUUUCUUUCAGAAGCAAUAAAUGCCUCGACUCCAUCUUAGAUAUCAGAUUUUUAUGUGCGGACUGAUCUUCUGUGAUUGCUUUAAAAGCUGUUUUGAUGGUGAUGGAGUUACUGAGCACUGAUGUGCACCACUGCCAUUCAUGAGCUCGGGUUCAUUUUUCUGCUCCACUUUGUGCUGUAAGCAGCGUUUCAGCCGCUCUGGCUCUGAAUGUGCUGCAUCCCUUGCUGUAUUUUCCUGUUUUAACGUAUGUUUUAACACAAAAUAAUAUAAUUCUGUUCAUAAUACGUGUGGAUGUGCUCUUUUUCUUCUUUUAAAACGAACUUAUUCUCUGCUGUCUUACGGAUUUCACUCAGUUCACGUAAUGCAAAACGAAUCGAUAAUUAUAUCUAAACUCUAAUAAAGCUAAAUGCAUA